UGUCAAAAGGACCCAUACAAACAGAAGAUGAGCCCGAUGGGCUAACGUUAAAAAAUACAUCACAAAAUAAUCGUCAUACUUAUUGUAUCCAUGCAAAGAUUAUAAAUAGUUUUGCAGAAGUUAAUGAGUUAAACAUAUACCUCAUUCAACUUUUCGCCUAGAUGUGUCGCGGGGAGCUCAUUUAUGCGGCAACAUCAAAAUGAGAUGCUCAAUGCAUACGAAGGAUAUUAUAAACAAAUCACUGCGCACUUGUAGUUGCUAUUUUAAUAAAUGAGUCACGGAUGUAUUAACGCAAUAUCGGUUAGUAAUUUAGUGUCAAGGAAACGUGACUAAAAAUCCUGUGCGCUUAUCAGACUGGAUGCUACUGUAUUGCUAAAUAUAAUUGCAUAACUGGGACUGUAACAUCUUCGCACGUUUAGUUCUGUUUACGACACACAUUCAGCAAAAUGGCAGUACAAACAAACACACAGUCAAUGGGUUCUUCAAAUACAGUGUUCAACACACAGACUAGAUUGGACACCUCAUAUGUCAAGAGUAUACCGGGAAUCUUAAAAGUUGUAGCUAUUGUACUCGACUUCCUUGGAUACAUAUGCAUCCAAGCAUCAGCAUUCUCGUCAAAUUGGCGAGGGGUAUAUUUCAUGGUGGCAGCACACCUCGGGCUCUGGUUCUCAGCCAUACUACUUCUGUUCUAUACAUUCCACAUUAUCGAGAAGUACCACAAUGUAAAGUGGCUGCAUAUAGAGAUGAUUGGCUGUGGGGUUGUGUCAUUCUUGUAUUUGAUUGGUUCUACCAUUGUGGUGGCGUUCGGUUCUGCAGCUUAUUCCGCGGCUGGGUUCUUCGGUUACCUAGCAAUGGUCCUCUACGGCUACGAGGCGUUCGCAAAGUUCCAAGCGAUAAAAUCUGGGGAGCUCGCGCAGGGUAGCCGCGUGGUCACCAAGCAGAUGCACGUGACCACGCCGCCCGCGUUGCCAUAGCAACCGGCCGAUGAAGGCGUAUUGACGUAUGUUCUGUCUCACUCCUAAUUAGUCCGAUCUGUAUCUAUGUCUCUUUCACACUUAUUUGUUACGAUUAUAGGCAUUUUUGUAUCAAAUGACAGCGAUGAUAAAAUUCGUUUCGAGAACUUUCGUAAUUCUGAGAAUUCUGUCUUGUUUCAAUAAUUUGCAAGAUCUGUACAAACCCACUGUUUCCUACGUUUGCUCCUGUUUUAUAAUAUGGUUUGACGCACUUUUGUUAAUUGAUAUUUUGUAUAUAAUAAUUAAAACAAUUGAUUUGACGAUUUCUAUUUACACUUUGUUCCAGUAUUGUAUGAUUUCUUAAGCAUUUCUUUAUCAUAGUCAUGUCUAUAUUUGGUUUAUAAUUAAGUAGGUUAAAAUUGUUGUAAGUAAAUUAUUUUGUUAUAAGUUUAAUUGUGUAAAUAUUUAUUAUUAUUUCGUUAAUUUAUAUUAUUAAUGAGAUGUUGAUGGGUUUUCUUAUACAAUCAUUCCUGCAAUAUAAUCACAGAAAUGUCUAUCUUUGUUAUUUUCAUUCUUGUUAUAACACCAAUGAUUAAUUAAUCUCAUACGACCUGUUUAACCGCCUAUUUUUAUAUAUACUUAUAUAAUUAUUAAUUACACUCCGUGAUUUAGGGGCUGUGCUCAAUUGACGUUUAGCCGCCGAAAUGACAGUC